AUGACGGAUUCAUGCAAGGAGUUUGAAAUCUUCUGCAAAGACCUCUUUAAAAAUGAAUCCUGGAGCUCCUGCAUUCCUCUGAUUCACCCUGAGCCUUACAUUCAGGCUUGUGUGAAGGAUAUGUGUCACUGUAGCAAUUUAAAUGGCUCCUGUGUCUGCAGCACACUCUCUGAGUUCUCUCGACAGUGCUCUCAUGCUGGAGGACAACCUCCCAACUGGAGGACUCCGAAGUUGUGUGCUAAACAUUGUCCACCCACGAUGGUAUAUGAUGAGUAUGGGUCUCCUUGCAUCAAUACCUGCAGAUUCCCAGACACGAGUUUAGUUUGUGAAGAUCACAAUAUAGACGGCUGCUUCUGUCCUCCUGAAACUGUGCUUGAUGAUAUUUCCACGGGAAGUUGUAUUCCUCUUUCUGAGUGUCCAUGCAAACAUGACAAAGUCUACAAGUCCAAUGAGGUUUACCAGGAGCGGGGAGAAAAUUGUACAUGCAUUGCAGGUAAAUGGUCUUGUGAGAGCCUUCAAAUGCAUGCUACAUGUUCAGUUGAACAGGGUUCAUACAUAACCACCUUUGAUGGUAAAGACUUCACCUUCCAUGGAGACUGUGACUACACUCUGGCUAAAGUGAACAGCAAGGAUUAUGUGAGUCCAAAUUUUACCAUUCUGGUCCAUUUGACACAAUGUUCACGUCAACAAUACGACUCUUGUCUCAAGACCUUGAAAAUUCAUUUGAACAGAGACAAAAACAACGCCAUAAUUUUCACCUCUGAAGGCAGAGUGCAGAAGAAUGGACAGAAGGUCACUUUGCCUUAUAACUCAGGAGAUAUCAGUAUAUUCCAUGCUUCAUCCUUUCACAUCAUGCUCCAGACAAGUUUUGGUUUACAAAUUCAGAUCCAGCAUGUGCCUCUGAUGCAAGUCUAUGUCAGUCUGGAGCAGAGCUACAGAGAAAAGACGCGUGGUUUAUGUGGGAAUUACAACAUGAUGCAGUCUGAUGACAUGAGGACUCGUCAGGGGAUGGUGGAGGGAGAAGAAGGAACUUUUAGUAAUUCUUGGAAAACUGACUAUUCAUGCAAAGAUGGACAUGGACGACUUGAUGACCCUUGUUCUCUUAGGACGGAAAAUGAAAAGUUUGCCAAGAACUGGUGCCCCUUGCUACGACAGCCAAAUAGUACCUUUGCACAGUGCCAUUCCGUGGUGGAUGCUGAGACUUACUACAAGCGAUGUAUUUAUGCUAGCUGUAACUGUGAGAAGAGCGAGGACUGCCUGUGUGCUGUCUUCUCCUCCUUUGCAAGAGCUUGUGCAUCAAAGGGAGUGUUCUUGAUAGGCUGGAGAAAGGAUGUGUGCAACAAACGCACCAAGAACUGCCCAGCAUCUCAGACCUUCUCUUACAUACAUCAGAGAUGUCAGCUGACUUGCAGAUCGCUGAGCUCAAAGAUGCAGAGCUGCACCUCUGACUUCUUGCCUGUGGGCGGCUGUUCCUGUGCUGAAAAUCACUACCUAGAUGACAAUGACAUCUGUGUCCCCAAAGCAAAGUGUCCCUGUUAUCAUAAUGAUGAAACCAUUGAACCAGGAAAGACCAUUAACAUCAACAAUGACUACUGCGUAUGCACUGAUGGAGUUCUUCAUUGUGAUCCUUUGGCAGCUGGCUCUUCAACAUGCACUUCUCCAAAAGAAUACUUCAACUGCUCCACUGCAGACAAAAGAGAUGUUGGAGUGCAGUGUGCUCGAACCUGUUCAAAUCCGGACAAUGAAUGCGAUGCCACUGAGUGUAAAUCUGGCUGUCUCUGUCCCAGAGGCCUCGUCGAUGAUGGGGACGUCAUUUCUCCAAAUGGUACUGAGAUUCAGUACACCAAAAGGAAGCUUGGUUUCUAUCUGGUCGUUGAAUUUGACAUUGGUCUAACAGUUAUAUCGGAUCAUAAAGCAACAGUUAAAAUCCGACUGGAACCACAGUACUCUGGGGAGGUGUGUGGCCUGUGUGGAAAUUUUGAUGGUAAUGCGAAGAAUGACUUCACUACCCAGGGUCAGCUGGUAGUGAGCAAACCACUAGAGUUUGCAAACAGCUGGAAACUGUACAGCAAUUUCCCAGAUCAGACAGCUGAUCUUGAAGCUUGUACAUCAGCACCCAGAGAAAACUGGGCAAAAAUUAUGUGUCAUAUCAUAAAAGAGACAUUUAACGAAUGCCACUAUAAGGUAGACCACCUUCCAUUUUAUGAAAACUGUGUGAAAGAUGCGUGUACCUGUGACAAAGGAGGAGACUGUGAAUGUUUCUGCACAGCGGUUGCAGCUUAUGCUCAGGCUUGUGCUGAGGCCGGUGUUUGUGUUGCAUGGAGAACUCCAGAGAUCUGUCCUGUAUUUUGUGAUUACUACAAUAAACCAGGUGAAUGCACAUGGCACUAUAAAAUGUGUCCCAUCAACACUCAUAACAACUCCAAUCACUGCCUCAAGACCUGUGAGAACUGA